AUGGUGCCAGUGUUCUCUGUGCUGGGACUGGUGCUUGCGUGCUCAUGGUCUUCAGGGCUUCAGACGGUAUCCGGGAGAACGUUCGUCACUCACUUGCCGGGAUUUCAUGGUCCCCUCCCCUUCGAAAUGGAAACAGGGUUGGCCAUCCUUCUCCUCCUCAUCCGCCCUCUUCCUCUUCCUGCGCGUUCGCGGCGAAUUAUGAGUUGAAAGAGUCCCGGAUGUCAGGUACAUUGCAGUGGACGAUUUGGAGGAGGUGAACCUGUUCUACUACUUCGUCAAGUCGGACAGGAACCCAGCGGAGGAUCCCCUCAUGUUGUGGAUCACCGGUGGACCCGGCUGCACAGGGUUGAGCGGGUUAGCAUAUGAAAUCGGUAAGGUGCUCUCUUGGUUAGGGAGUCGAGCCUCCACUAGAUCUGGGUUUUGCACCUCGCUAGUCGUGGUCCAUUCAAUGGCCCGCUGAAGAGGCUUUUCUGGAUUCUUUCUCAAAACGUUGAUGACCUAUUGAUUUCGGUGCCCUUGGCGUACCUCACGCGUUUCAUCGGAACACCUUCCGGCAUUAGACAGCAGGGUGGUCGUGCAGUCGUAGACGGGUUCACAAGAGAUUAUGAGUGAUUAUGCUGAACUCUGGUGCUGUGCAGGCCCCCUCGCUUUCGAUAUAGAGAAUUACGAGGAAGGAAGGAUGCCCCGUUUGGUCCACCGAGAGGAGUCUUGGACAAGGGUACACUCAGCUCUUCUCUGUCUUUCUCUGAUCCGUCUCUCUAUCCUAACCUCUUCUUGUGACUUUUUUCCGAUAGGUCAGCAGCGUCGUCUUUGUGGAUUCGCCCGUGGGAGUUGGAUUCUCGUAUUCCACGGCCGCGGAGGAAAAUGAAUGGUCGGACACAAGCGCAACAAGGCGUCUUCGCGCAUUCAUUAGGAAGGUAAUGCCAUAUGUUCACAGAAUCACACCCAGACGGGGAUUUCCAUCUUUCUAUGUUUUGACCCUCCUCCGUUCGGACUUCCGGUUAUGUAGUGGCUUGUGGAUCACCCGGAGUUCAUCUCGAAUCCCUUCUACGUUUGUGGCGACUCGUAAGGUGGGAAGAUGGCGCCCCUCGUCACCCAGACGAUAAUAAAUGGUAGCGAUGUUUUCACUUGGUUUUUUUCUUGGUUUGGGCCUCGAUAUCAUGUUCAAAGAGGAAACUGAGCAGGGUUUGACGGGGGCCACCUCCUUAUCUGACGCACAUCUGGGAUGUUAAGGGGUGCUGGUCGAAAGCCCAGCCUAUUUUCGGUGCCCUGAAGACGUCCCGCGGUCAUCACCUGUGGCCACUGCUUUCCGCUCGUGGCAUUCCCUGCUUUAUUUCCUUUUCUUUUGUCGACGGAUUUCCUCCAACUCGCGAUCGGGAAACUUUCAUUUUCCGCCUAAGUACCUUUCUCUUAAGUCACUGAAGUCAAACCAUUCUUCAGGAAACGAGGCAGGAGUGAAGCCCCUCAUCAAUCUCAAGGUGGGCCGAGUGAGAGAAGCCAAGUUGUCUACAACAGGCACCUACCAUCCUCGUAUAACUCUCAUGUUUUUCUCAUGACUUAUGUGGUGUGAGCUUUAUAGGGGUAUUCAGCUGGAAACCCAGUGACCACUGAGAAACGUUUUGAUGAUGGGACGAAGAUUCCAUAUUCUCAUGGGAUGGGGCUUAUAUCCGAUGAGCUGUAUGAGGUGGGUCAGUCUUAUCCUAUUUCUCACUUCGAUUAACUUUGCUUUUAUUUGAGAGGGGCCAGUGGCCGGCUUGUGCUUGGCAAUUAUCUGGGCGAUUUGAGCCCAGAUUCAGCUGACAAGUGCGCUUCUCAGUGGAUCCCUCCGAGAAUCCAAGACCCAAAUAGAAGGCAGGCUGGUUGGGCCUAUUUUUAUUUCUUAGAUUUAGUUUUGAGCCCCUCGGAUAGAAAUAGCCAUUUAGCCUCAGCUUGUUCGGCCCAUUGCAUUCAGUUCCCUACUGUAACGUGUAGAUAGUGUUAUGUUUCCUCAUAUUUUAAUGGAAUCUCUUAAACUUCCUAUUAAAUUCUUGUGUUUUUGCUAAAUUUAUAGGAGACAAAGGAAAGCUGCGGUGGGGAUUAUGUUAAUCCUCGCAAUACUAAAUGCAUUGAGUGUCUCAAUGCUGUAUAUAAGGUGUGGGGCCCUUUGACUGUGAGUUUGAUGAACUUCAGUAAAGCUCUUCUGACUGUGAAAAUUUUCCAAAGUCCAGAACUGGGAGAGACUUGAAAUACAAUUUACUCUGGGAGUUUAUUGUGACUUGAAAUCUCCAAAACCUAAACAGUCUGCCGCAGAGGACAGAUAUUUGAUUGACCUUGAGAGAAAUCAUCUCUAUUCGCCUCAGAUCAUAAAUAAAGAAUGCAGGGUAACUCUCCUCUGUCUGUAUCUCUGUGUGGCUCUCACUCUUUCCUAAGUAUUUAUCUAGUCUUUAACUGAUGCAUUCAUUUUCACAGGAAUAUAAAUUUUUGGCGAUCAAAUCUUGGGUGGGCAAUGAUGCAGUGAGAGAAGCUCUUGGAGUACGCAAGGUAUGGACUCUCACUGUGGGAGGGGGAGUGGCCAAACCGAAACCCCAAGAUUGAUGGCUGUAAGCUGCUCUGUAGGGAUCGAUCGGUGAAUGGAAUAGAUGCCAAAAGUAUAUCAAGGCUAACUACGGGUUUGAUGUUCCCAGUUCAGUUCCAUAUCAUCUCAAUGUUACUAGCAAGGGCUUUCGAUCUCUAGUGUACAGGUGAGAACAUCUACUGCCAGUGGACUCAUUUCCAUGAUGACACACAUGGAUGUGUGAACAAUUGGAUGGAGACACAUAUCUUCAUAUGUUUACAAAUAUCUUUAACGAACUGGGUACAAAAAAGCUGAUCAUCAGAAAUCUUGCAUCUUCUCCAAACUAGUGGUGACCACGAUCUGGAGAUAAAUUUUAUGGGGACUCAAGCAUGGAUAAGAUCUUUCAAUUUCUCUAUUGUUGACGACUGGCGGCAUUGGUUGGUAAACGGCCAAGUUGCAGGGUUUGUACCUGAACUAAGGCUUAUCUUUCCUUUGCUUCUUCAGAAGAUCUCUCCUGAGCUUGAUUACUCACUGUUCUGAUCUGAAUCAUUUUAGAUAUACGAGGGCUUAUGCAAACAACUUGACAUUUGCAACAGUUAAGGUGAGAAGUCCCCUCGUUAUCUUUUUCUUUCUACGAGUAUCAUGUGAAUAUGACGGAGGUCUCAAUUAGCCUCUGCCGCUACGUUUUGUGUGUGCUUUUGUAAGUGCUUUCCCUUUUCUCAGGGUGCGGGUCAUGUAGUUACUGAGUACAAGCGCAAAGAAACUUGGGCCAUGUUCGAACGAUGGAUUGCAGGGCAGGCUUUGUGA